GGCGGAGUCGGGAGUGAGGGCGGGCGCCGCGCGCAGUGGAGGUGGAGAGUGAGGCCGAGGGGUGGGGGAGCCCGGGAAUUCCCUCCUCCUGAAGUAACGAGUGCGGGGCGGCUGUGCCGUCGUCGCUGCAGCGGGGCGCUCGGGACGAGGAGGUGGAGGAGGGAGAGGGCCCCGCGGGCCUCGCCUCCGCCCGCCGCCCCCUCCUCGCCAGCCCGAGCCGCGGUAGCGGCGACUCAUGAGAGCGCGGCUGGAGGGCAGAUUUGAUAAUGGGCUGCAUUAAAAGUAAAGAGAACAAAAGUCCAACCAUUAAAUAUAGAACCGAAAACACUCCAGAACCUGUCAGUAGCAGUGUCAGCCAUUAUGGAGCAGAACACACUGCAGUGGCACCAUCAUCUUCAACAAAGGGAGCAUCUGUUAAUUUUAGCAGUCUUUCCAUGACACCAUUUGGAGGAUCCUCAGGGGUGACACCUUUUGGAGGAGCAUCUUCUUCAUUCUCAGUGGUGCCAAGUUCAUAUCCUGCUGGUUUAACAGGUGGUGUUACUAUAUUUGUGGCCUUAUAUGAUUAUGAAGCUAGAACUACAGAAGACCUUUCAUUCAAGAAAGGUGAACGGUUUCAAAUAAUUAACAACACGGAAGGAGACUGGUGGGAAGCAAGAUCUAUUGCUACAGGAAAGAAUGGCUAUAUCCCUAGCAAUUAUGUAGCCCCUGCAGAUUCCAUUCAGGCAGAAGAAUGGUAUUUUGGCAAAAUGGGCAGAAAAGACGCCGAAAGAUUACUUCUGAAUCCUGGGAAUCAACGAGGUAUUUUCUUAGUAAGAGAGAGUGAAACUACUAAAGGUGCUUAUUCUCUCUCUAUCCGUGAUUGGGAUGAGGUAAGAGGUGACAAUGUGAAACACUAUAAAAUUAGGAAACUUGACAACGGUGGAUACUAUAUCACAACCAGAGCACAAUUUGAUACUCUGCAGAAGUUGGUAAAACACUACACAGAACAUGCUGAUGGUUUAUGCCAUAAGUUAACAACCGUGUGUCCUACUGUGAAACCCCAGACUCAAGGUCUAGCAAAAGAUGCUUGGGAAAUUCCUCGAGAAUCUUUGCGACUAGAGGUUAAAUUAGGACAAGGAUGUUUUGGUGAAGUAUGGAUGGGGACGUGGAAUGGAACCACAAAAGUAGCAAUCAAAACACUAAAGCCAGGUACAAUGAUGCCAGAAGCUUUUCUUCAAGAGGCUCAGAUAAUGAAAAAAUUAAGACAUGAUAAACUUGUUCCACUAUAUGCUGUUGUUUCCGAAGAGCCAAUUUACAUUGUCACUGAGUUCAUGUCAAAAGGGAGUUUAUUGGAUUUCCUGAAGGAGGGAGAUGGAAAGUAUUUGAAGCUCCCACAACUGGUUGAUAUGGCUGCUCAGAUUGCUGAUGGUAUGGCGUAUAUUGAAAGAAUGAAUUAUAUUCACCGAGAUCUUCGGGCUGCUAAUAUUCUUGUAGGAGAAAAUCUUGUUUGCAAAAUAGCAGAUUUUGGUUUAGCAAGGUUAAUUGAAGACAAUGAAUAUACAGCAAGACAAGGUGCAAAGUUUCCAAUCAAAUGGACAGCUCCCGAGGCUGCACUAUAUGGUCGAUUUACAAUAAAGUCUGAUGUAUGGUCAUUUGGUAUUCUACAGACAGAGCUGGUAACAAAGGGCAGAGUGCCAUAUCCAGGUAUGGUCAACCGUGAAGUGCUCGAACAGGUGGAGCGAGGAUACAGGAUGCCUUGCCCUCAGGGCUGCCCAGAAUCCCUACACGAAUUGAUGAACCUUUGUUGGAAGAAGGACCCUGAUGAAAGGCCAACAUUUGAGUAUAUUCAGUCCUUCUUGGAAGACUACUUCACUGCUACAGAGCCACAGUACCAACCGGGAGAAAAUUUAUAAUCCAAGUAGCCUUUUAUAUGCACAAAUCUGCCAAAAUGUAAAGAACUUGUGUAGACUUCCUUACUUUACAUACAGGAAUCAAAAGAAGAAAGUCUUCUUCACUCUGCAUGUUUUUAAUGGUAAACUGGAAUUCCAGAUACGGUUGCACAAACCGCUUUUUUUUUUUUCCAAGUGUUAAACUCUAAAAUACCAAUGAUGAAUUUUCCAACUUAUUUCAGGGUCCAAAGAAGGUAUAGUUAUGAUGUUGAUGACCAUGUGAGUGAUAGCAUGACCAUGAAGAGCAACAAGGCUGCUUCUUUAUAAAUCACUUCCUUUCUUUUAUUCCCCAAACUCAGAGUUGUUAAGAGGAAAGUGUGUAUCAUUAUAGACAAAAUUUGGGAGAUAAAAACAGGUAUACCAUAAUAAAAUCUAAAGU